AUGGCUUCGAAUGAAGGCACCACUGCACAGUGCGCGGAUUUCGGGAUAAAGUAUUUGAGCGACAGAACCGGCCUGGUGACUAUUGCAAAAGAGAGCAUUCAAGGAUUUCUCGCAAGACUUGAUUUCAAAGCCCCAAUAUAUGUCCCGGACGGCGUACUGAUAGAACGCGUUGGAGAAGCUGUAUGGCCUUGGGGUGAUACGGAAGAAAUGCAACGCUAUGUCAGGACCGGCAUUCUCAUCGCUGAUAUAGCCUAUCGUCACACAAGCAUCGAUACAAAAGUAGCGAUCGCCUUAUACACGAUGAUCCCGGUUGCUUGGACGAGCCUUGCAUUCUUGAGAAAUGCAACCUUGAAGACUUCCAUUGCAACUGUGUAG